AAUGUAAAACAAGGGAAGUCUGUUUCACAAAUGGCUCUUUUCUAUUUCAUUCUCUCUCACUCUACUCCUAUUUCUCUCUCCUCAAAUUCCAGUUGGUAGUUAGCUGAGACGCAAUAUUCUCCGCCGCCGGCAGUUGCGAUCGGAAUCCUCAGCACUUAAUCUCACAGUUCACUAACAAUGCCCUUUAGGAAAGCUGUGGUGUUGGAGGUGGAGCCUCCGAGCGUAGUUCGAUAUUUGAUCGGAGCGGCAAUAAUGAUGCUAGGAGUGGUUUUGCCGGUGGGCUACAUGAUGUUCCGCAACAAAAGAGUUCCUUCUUCUUCCUCUUACUCCAAACAGACGAACAAGGUUUUGAUAUAGAGUUGUUCUGGAUGCCCAGGAUUAAUAUGUCAUUCAUGGGCAAGGUGGUACAAUUUGAAGGAAAAGGUGGACAAUGAAUUUUUAUUUGUGGAUAUAUCUGCAAGUUGCCUGUACAUGUUAGAAAGACUACGGAUUUGACAUAUUGAGUUGUUAGUUUGAUACUGUGCUAAAAUUGUUAUAUACCUGCCAUGUUUCUUAGUGAUUAUAUGCCCAAUUUGUGGUUUAUGAAGGCGUAUGGUUCAACUGCA